CUCAACUUUACACUGCAUUUGACACAGCCAUGGAUCUCCUCAUUAUCUUGGGGAUUUGUCUUUCUUGUGUGGUUCUUCUUUCUUUGUGGAAGAAAACCCAUGGCAAAGGGAAGCUCCCACCUGGACCCACUCCUCUCCCAGUUGUUGGAAAUCUGCUACAGCUAGAAACUAAGAAUAUCAACAAAUCCUUAAGCAUGCUAGCAAAAGAGUAUGGUUCUAUAUUCACCUUGUAUUUUGGAAUGAAGCCCGCUGUGGUGUUGUAUGGAUAUGAAACAGUCAAAGAGGCCCUGAUUGAUAGGGGAGAGGAGUUUUCUGGCAGGGGAAUUUUCCCAGUGUUUGACAGAGUCACCAAAGGAUUAGGAAUUGUUUUCAGCAGUGGAGAAAAAUGGAAGGAAACCCGACGUUUCUCCCUCACAGUUUUGCGGAAUCUGGGGAUGGGAAAGAAAACUAUUGAAGAAAGAAUUCAAGAGGAAGCCUUAUGUCUGAUACAAGCAUUAAGAAAAACUAAUGCAUCUCCUUGUGAUCCUACUUUUCUUCUGUUCUGUGUUCCCUGCAACGUGAUGUGCUCCGUCAUUUUCCAGAAUCGUUUUGACUAUGAUGAUGAAAAAUUUAAAACCUUGAUCAAGUAUUUUCAUGAAAACUUUGAACUUUUAGGCACUCCCUGGAUACAGCUCUACAAUAUUUUUCCCAUUUUACAUUAUCUACCAGGAAGUCAUCGCCAGUUGUUUAAAAAUAUUGAUGGCCAGAUCAAGUUUAUUUUGGAGAAGGUACAAGAACAUCAAGAAUCUCUGGAUUCGAAUAAUCCUCGGGACUUUGUUGACCAUUUCCUGAUUAAAAUGGAAAAGGAAAAACACAAGAAGCAGUCUGAAUUUACCAUGGACAACUUGAUCACUACUAUAUGGGAUGUGUUUAGUGCGGGAACAGAUACAACAAGCAACACAUUGAAAUUUGCACUCUUGCUCCUGUUGAAGCAUCCUGAGAUUACAGCUAAAGUCCAGGAAGAGAUUGAGCAUGUGAUUGGCAGACACCGGAGCCCCUGCAUGCAGGACAGGACCCGCAUGCCCUACACCGAUGCUGUGAUGCAUGAGAUCCAGAGAUAUGUUGACCUGGUCCCCACUACUUUGCCCCAUGCGGUGACUCAGGACAUUGAGUUCAACGGGUAUCUUAUUCCAAAGGGCACAGACAUAAUACCAUCUCUGACUUCUGUACUGUAUGAUGACAAAGAGUUUCCCAACCCAGAGAAGUUUGACCCUGGACACUUCUUGGAUGAAAGUGGAAACUUCAAGAAAAGUGAUUACUUCAUGCCUUUCUCAGCAGGAAAAAGAGCUUGUGUUGGAGAGGGCCUGGCCCGCAUGGAGCUGUUCUUACUCCUGACCACCAUCUUGCAGCAUUUUACCCUGAAGCCUCUGGUUGACCCAAAGGAUAUUGAUCCCACCCCAGUGGAUAAUGGGUUUCUCUCUGUCCCUCCCUCCUAUGAGCUGUGUUUUGUUCCAGUCUGAAGAAAGCACUGGAAUCCCUCUGAGCAACACAGAUGGUUUCAGGCAUCUGUGUCACCUGUUACCUUCCCAGUCCUUACUAAUGAGAAUCCAAUCUAUGAGCUCUGUGUCUUCUCAAGUUUUCUGUCCUACAAGCUACAUUUUAAUUUCUCUAAUGGAAUAAAGCUCAUUGUUUCAUCACCAAUAAAAUUAUUUCCGU